AUGGCUGAAGCACCCCAAACCGACGUCUCUCGUCCUUCGGCGCUUCCUACGGCCAAGCUCCUGCAGCGGAGCGCCUUCAGCCAGGCGCUCGUAGAUCAGAAGUCGGACGAGUAUCUCGACAAUGUCGAGGAGGAGUGGAACAAGAAGGUGGACACGGAGAUCGAGACGCUCGUGGAUGGCAUGGUGGACAUCGUCAGCCUGGCCUCGAUAGGUGACAAGGACAAGUUCCGCGUCGCCCAGGAGUCAUUCCAGACGGAGUGUCGAGCUGAAUCUAUGGUCCGCGCGGCCCACUCGCUGCUGUCUAUCACGCAUUCGCUGAAGCUGCUGCUAUUGCUGUCGGACGAAACCCAAAUAGCGCAUCGGCGGGACGCCGAGCUCAAGCACGUCCAGCAUGAGAAGACCGAGGCUCGCGAAAAGGUCGCUGUUCUACUCGACGAGCUCCUCAAGCGGCCGCAUGAGUCGUAG